GUGUUCUUCAAAGCUGGACUGCUGGGACUCGAAAGAGUUCGGAAAGGGCUCAAGGUGUUCUUCAAAGCUGGACUGCUGGGACUCCUGGAGGAGAUGAGAGAUGACAAGCUUGCAGAAAUCAUCACUAUGACACAAGCCAGGUGCAGGGGCUUCCUGAUGAGAGUGGAGUAUCGGAGGAUGGUGGAGAGGAGGGACUCAAUCUUCUGCAUCCAGUACAAUGUUCGUGCAUUCAUGAACGUCAAGCACUGGCCCUGGAUGAAGCUGUUCUUCAAGAUCAAGCCCUUGCUGAAGAGUGCAGAGUCAGAGAAGGAGAUGGCCAACAUGAAGGAGGAGUUUGAGAAAACCAAGGAGGAGCUUGAAGCAGACAGCUUGGCUGAUGCUGAGGAAAGGUGUGACCAGCUCAUCAAAACCAAAAUCCAGCUGGAAGCCAAAAUUAAGGAGGUGACGGAAAGGGCUGAGGAUGAGGAGGAAAUUAAUGCUGAGCUGACAGCCAAGAAGAGGAAACUGGAGGAUGAGUGUUCAGAGCUGAAGAAAGAUAUUGAUGACCUUGUCCAGGAAGCCCGCAAUGCUGAAGAGAAGGCCAAGAAGGCCAUCACAGAUGCAGCCAUGAUGGCAGAAGAGCUGAAGAAGGAGCAGGACACCAGUGCCCACCUGGAGAGGAUGAAGAAGAACCUGGACGUUACAGUGAAGGACCUGCAGCACCGUCUGGAUGAGGCUGAGCAGCUGGCCCUGAAGGGAGGCAAGAAGCAAAUCCAGAAGCUGGAGGCCAGGGUGCGGGAGCUGGAAGGGGAGGUUGAUGCUGAGCAGAAGCGCAGCGCUGAAGCCGUGAAGGGUGUGCGCAAGUACGAGAGGAGGGUGAAGGAGCUGACCUACCAGUCUGAGGAAGACCGGAAGAAUAUUCUGCGGCUGCAGGACCUGGUGGACAAGCUGCAAAUGAAGGUGAAAUCCUACAAGAGACAAGCUGAGGAGGCUGAGGAAUUGUCCAACGUCAACCUCUCCAAGUUCCGCAAGAUCCAGCACGAGCUGGACGAAGCCGAGGAGCGGGCUGACAUUGCAGAGUCACAGGUCAACAAGCUCCGGGCCAAGAGCAGGGAGUUUCAUGGCAAGAAGAUAGAAGAGGAAGAGUGAAGGCGUCACGAGGCAUCCAAGUGACGUGAGGGAUCCACAAAAUGUGAACCUCUAGGUCACUUUCUUGUGUAAUUAGUCUUUGUAACCACUGUAAUAUCUAGAGAAUAAACAUUGUAGUUUCCUUCGCAUAAGCACCA